AUUCACUCAAUUCCUUCUACUCUUUACAACUAAAAGAAAAUGGAGGCAAAGUUUGCUCACAUCAUUGUUUUCUUUCUUCUUGCAUUGUCUUUUGAAACUCUCAUGGCACGAAAAGAAAGUGAUGGACCAGAAGUCAUAAAACUUCUAAAGGAAUUUGAAUCCGAAUCUUGGUGCAAAGGAAAACAAUUCUGGCCAGAACUUAUUGGUGUACCAACAAAGCUUGCUAAGGAAAUAAUUGAGAAGGAAAAUUCAUCCAUAAACGAAUUUCCAAUAGUAUUGAAUGGCUCUCCAGUCCCAGCUGAUUUUAGAUGUACUCGUGUUCGUCUUAUUGAUAACAUUUUGGGCGUUGUUGUACAAAUUCCUAGGGUGGCUUAAUUAAUGGAUUAUUGAAGUAAUUAAGCAGCCACAUGUUAAAAAAUAAUUAGGGUUCAUGUUAAUUAUAAUGUCUCCAUGUACUCUUACUAUAUAUAAUGGAAUAAAUAAGUGUGGCUUAAUUAUA